GUUCGCGGCGCGAGUUUGACGUGUGUUGUUACCGUAGCGUCGUUUAACACAAGUUUGCUAUUUUAUAACAAGUUUUUUUUUUCAAUAGUGUAAUUGUAAUGUGAUAAAGGAUAAGUGUAAUAAAUCAGCGAUUGUAAGGUUGCGAUUGGGAGUUCUAGAUUGACCCAGUGUUUUAUGAGUGUAAUGUGAGUGGUGAAUUUGGGAGUUAUGUUUAUCAAAGCCGGGCCAGCGCCCGUGGAGGAUGAGCGCCGUGGCUCGGUCUCCAAUUGGUUCUCUUCGUUGAGGCGCGGGGGACGACGAAAACGUGACGAAAACACUGCUCCUUUCGGCUACGGAUCGUUGGGAAGGAGAAAGGAUGCAGGCGAGACUCGCGGCAAAACGCGAUCCGCUUGGGACCUUACCGCCGUCGCAAGAAUGCAACUUAAAGAUGAACUCGGCGAAGUGGUGGCUGAGUUGGAAGCUCUCGAUGGUCAGGAGGAGUGCAAGCAGAACAGUAAAACCAAACAGAUGAGCAUAGGAAGAAAGAAAUUUAAUAUGGACCCCAAGAAAGGCAUCGAGUACCUGUACGAGAACGGGUUACUGCAGCGGACGGCGGAGGACGUGGCGCAGUUCUUGCACAAAGGCGAGGGGCUUAGCAAGACCGCGAUCGGCGAUUACCUCGGAGAACGCUCGGACUUCAACGAGGCGGUGCUCAAGGCGUUUGUAGAGCUACACGACUUCACGGACCUAAUACUAGUGCAGGCUUUGAGACAGUUCCUAUGGAGUUUUCGGUUGCCCGGCGAGGCACAGAAGAUAGAUCGAAUGAUGGAGAGCUUCGCGCAGCGCUACUGCCAGCUGAACCCUGACAUCUUCACGAACGCGGACACGUGUUACGUGCUCAGCUUCGCGAUCAUCAUGCUGAACACGUCGCUCCACAACCCCAGCGUGAAGGACAAGCCCACGCCGGAACAGUUCGUCGCGAUGAACCGCGGCAUCAACAACGGCGGAGAUCUACCCCAGGAGCUGCUCCUGUCAUUAUACGAGUCGAUAAAGACGGAGCCAUUCAAGAUCCCGGAGGACGACGGGAAUGAUCUCAUGCACACCUUCUUCAAUCCGGACAAGGAGGGGUGGCUGUGGAAGCAGGGCGGCAGAUACAAGUCAUGGAAGAGGAGGUGGUUCAUAUUGAACGACAACUGUCUCUAUUACUUCGAGUACACCACAGACAAGGAGCCCAGAGGAAUCAUUCCAUUAGAAAAUAUAUCUGUGCGACCAGCGAGCGAUAGACAGCGGCCGCACUGCCUCGAGCUGUAUGCGAGUGGAGGCGCUGACCUCAUCAAGGCAUGCAAGACUGACUCCGAGGGGAAGGUGGUGGAAGGGAAACACACCGUUUACAGAAUGUCAGCGGCGACAGCGGAAGAGCGAGAUGAAUGGAUCGAGUGUCUCCGUCGCUCAAUUAGCCACAACCCGUUCUACGACAUGUUGGCACAGAGGAAGAAGAAAGCGCAGCACAGCGUGCACUCGGGCUCGCACUAACGUCCCCUUACGACCCAGAGGUGGCUGGAACUAUAGUAAGGCCAACGAGACAAGAUAAAGAAUGUAAACAUGGAUUCAUAACAUUUUUAUUUGAAGAAAUUAUAUACAAGUUAUUGAUUAUCUGUUCUGAUCCGUGUCGUCUGUAUCAGACAAAGAUGAUUCGUCAGAAGAGUCUGAAUCAGCCGUAUUUAUAACAAUAUUUCUCGUUACAAGUUACAUUGUAAUCAGUCACGAUCCGUUUAUUUAUUUACAUUCUUUAUCUUCUCUCGUCGGCCUUAGUAUAACUAAUAACUCUGGGUAGUCGAAUAUUUCGUUGUAUUGGGGUUGAAUUGCCGUAUGUAAAUGUACGUUAAGUUGCGAGGAAUUAGGAAGUUAUCAACCAUUGCAGUUCUGGCAUUACUACUUUUGUUGGUUGUAAGAACAACGUCGAAAGAUAUAGAAAACAGAAUAGUAUUUACUUCGAUUAAAGCGAGUGUAACACAUCUGAAUAAAACGCUUUUUUAAGGAUUAAAACGCGUGUAAUUGUUACUAUGUUUUUACAUUAGAUUUUGCGUAAACGUUACAUUUUUAUCAUUAUUUUAGCUAACCCGACGUUUAGUGACCUUUUCAGAGCACGCAGAAACGCGUUUUAAUUCUUUUACAAGUGUUUUAUUUAGACGGUUAGAAGUCUUAUACAUUGUUCUUAUUGGAGUAGUAUAGCCGCAUCACAGAAUUAUCGUUAUGAAUGAAUGUAUAUACAUUUCCAUUAGUUUGAAUUUUGUUUUAUAUAUAGAACAAAUAAACUAAGAUUUGUGAACGAUUCAAUAUCACACAGUUAGCUUAGCGGUAACAUUUGCGGUUUGAAACCCGUGUUGACCAAAACGUUUGUGUGCUAGGGAAAUAACUUUACACGUCGCAAUGUGAAGGCUUAGAAACUGAAACAAAAAAACCUUAACCGUUUAAAGUUUAAAUAUAUAAAAAAAAUCAUCCGGUAUUGUUGUGCCUUUAACCGAAAUAUUAUGUUUUUGAUUAUAUAAGUUCGAAGUUUUUGUUCUACAAACCGGUUCAGAACGGUUUAUUAAAUCGCCGAUUCAUUUGUUAUAUAUUACAUUACCUAAUAUUUGUGUAACGCACGACACCUUUGGACUCUUGCGGUAAUAAACAGUUAAGCGGUACUAAUCCGUACAAAACAAUAGGUAAAUUCCUGAUAAUAACCGUUACAUUGACAACCGAUUCUUAGCCUUGCGUUGUAUCAAAUGGUUAGUAUUGAUAGUGACAAUAAUAUAUAAUAAUAGUAUAUUCUACCUCAAACGGAUAUAUAUUCUUCCUAAACGGAUCAACGACCUUUGUAUACAGGCCUAAUGUUAAACUUAAUGAAAGCAAAAGUAAUGCCAGUUUUAAUAAACGUAAAUUUUUCAGUCGGAAGGAGUGGUUUUAAAUAAAUUAUUUGAUUGUUUUAAUAAAUAAUGUAAUAUUAUAUACCAAUCGUAUUCGUGUCUGUAUUAUAAUGAUUAAUGUAAUAUAAUUUAAAUGUUUUAUUUUUAAAUGGUUGAAGUUUUAGAACAAUGCAAAUAUACAAUUAUUGAUAGAUAUUAGUUUAUAUGGUUACUCUUAUAGUUAUUGUAGCUAUGUAGAAGUAUUAAGAUUAUAAUAAUAUAUCGUAGUAGUAAAGUAUGAUCAGCUGUUUUAAGAACAUACGGUAAAUGUGCCACAGGAAAGUCAGAAGUGUUAUUUUUGAUGGCAGUUAUAAAAUUUUUAGGAAUAAAGAAUUAAAUGAUAAUAGAUAAUAAAAUAGUACCAAAUUGUCAAAUGAACCCUUGAUAUUUUUUUUUAUAAUUUUAUAACCCAUUCAAAUUUAGAAGGUCUCUGAAUCAGUACAUAAUGCCACUUAAUUGUUACAAAAUUUAAAUAGUGAAUACCGAACUAGUUAAAAUAAUUGAACCAAAAAUAAAACAGGCAAAAACUGAACUCAAAUGUACAGACAGCCUUUAGUGUUUCUAUCUAAAACUCGGAUGUAUAUUGUCAUACAGUUGUACAGGAAAGAUACUGGCCCCGUGAAAGUUGUGUAUCUUUUUAGAAAUUGGUCAACUUUGUGUCAAUAUUGCUAAGUGCAGUCUAUGAUUUAACACAAAUCCAUAUUUAAACAAUGUGUAAAAUGAUUAAAUUUUAUGUUGUUUUAUAAAACAGCUGAUGAUACAAUACUUCAGAAUACAGAACAAACCAAAGGGAGUGUUGAAAUAACAACCCCCGCGCCUAACAACGCUCAAUACAUUAACGCUUUUAGGGUUUAUUUAAUAAAUUCAAUAUUCUAAUAAAAUUAAUAAAAAAUGUGCUACUUACAGAUGAAAUGUAAUCUCAUUUAAUUUUUUUGCAUGUCUGGUAGCAUUUUUUGCAAGUAAGACCGACACACAACCACAAUACAAGAAAUAGAACAGAGUAGCGUAACUCAGCGGUGGUCUCCUUGUGUCUCAGCGGCGUACGGUAAGCCACUCGAUAGUUUUGUCUUUCGAAGAUUGCUUAGCGAUCGUGUAAAUCGUGUGUGUGUGUGCGUGCGUCGAUUCAGGCGCUCUCGUAUGAAGUUGAAAAGAAUUAUGACACAAUUUCGUUGGUAAUUAUUUAAAAACUGAUAAUUGCAACUACUUGUAAACAGUACGCGUUCUGGUGUAGUUAAUACCGCCUCACUUUUGAACAAUUUUUAACGGUUUUGUGGUUUAUUCUGUAUUCUGAGAUUACUACUCGCACUAGCGGCGCGCUAUGGUGGCCAUUUUGACAGAUUGCAACUAUGACGUUGACAUAUUGUGGCAUUUUACUGUCUUAUGUAAAAAAUGUGUAAAAUCUAACCUAUAUAAAAAAAAUUAAGAGUAUAUUGAAAAAUAUUGAAAUAAUCUUAAUUGGUUUUUAGUUAACUCAACUAAAACUCAUUUUAAUGUCUGAAAAAUGUUAUUUGAUGUGGUCCUUCAAACGUAAUGAAUACUUUCUUGAAUUACUUAUUACUUAUGUUAAAAUGUCAUCCAAAGCGUGUUGCUAGUUGUCAUACACAUACAAUUAAUAGUAUUAAUUAAUGUGAUAGAAAGUGUACUGCGAAUACAAACGUGUUCUGUAUAUUUUGAACGGUAUUCGGUAUGUUAUUGUCCAUGUAAUCGAAGCAAGACUGAGCUGUCAUUGACGGAGGAAGCUUGUGCGGCGGUGGUCACUUUUAAUUCAGGUGAUCACCUUUGCCUGUUUGUUACGUAAAUGCUUUUGGUUGAUAGUAACAUUGCAACGAGAAAAAGGCUCGAACAGAAAUACAGUUGAAAAUUUUGAAAUUAUUAUUAAUUUUGAAAACAUUUUUUAAUAAUAAAAUUUAAUAAUAAUCAAAUUAUGUCUGUGUUUAAUUAAAAUAAAAUGGAACUGCAUCAGUAAAAAAAAUCCACUUAAAGCAAAAAAAAAUGAUUUUUUAACGAGACUGUAUCAUCAUAAAAGCAAUAAGUAUUUAAUAUGAAACAUAAACACCAAACUAAAUGUUUUAAAAGUAAAUUAAGUAUUUUAAUAUCUCAAUGGAAGGCCUUAGUGUAUUUAUAAGGUAGGGUAAUAUAUAAUAACUGUCAAAUAUUUUUCAAAUGCCUGUGUUCUAGAAGACUACACGUCAAUAAAGAGGUUAUAAAACAGCUACUCUCUUUAAAUGACUUUCAAUUACUGCUUUUUGUGAUUUGAAUUCGUCUUUCGUUUAAUAUUUUGUAUGUUUCCACCUUAAAGAAAAUGAGGUUUACAGUUAACUUCUAUUUUGAGCAAUGCACGCACACUAACAAAAAGUGACAUACAAAUCGUGAGUGUUAGAUGUAGCUUGCCACGCACACUAAAUUAAUAAACCUGGACUGUUAUCAUCGAUUGUAUAUAGUAUAUAUUAUCUAAGUUUCUACAUUUUUUUUACUUUUAUAAUUUUUUCCUUGAACUGUUUCUUUUUGCACGUCAUUUUAACUAUUGAAUCACAAUUUGCCUAGAAUUUAAUGAGUUUUAAUUUUUACUGUACAUAUAUAUAGUCUCUACAACCGCUAAAAUAUUCCUUCUUUUCUUAAAUUUUCCUGCAUACAAAAAGUGGAAAAGAUGAAUAUUAAAAAAAUAUCUUUAGUAUAAAUAUAAUUGAAUAUUUUUAUGCAUCUAAUAACCCAAAGGCAACUCAUAAAAAGUGAACGCUUUCCGUAAACACAUUAGGAACAUAGGUUAUAUAUAAACGUCAUCAGCCAAUAGCGAUAGCUCUAACGAUAUGUCGUGAUCAUUACCAGACCAAUGAGCAUUCAGUACGCCGCGCCCGCUUACAACAGAUGUUUGGUUGAAUUGUUUGCAUUGGGAAUAUGUAGGUAUUACAAAUCUACUAGGUUAUUGGGCCGAUGAUAAUAUGCAAUUAUUUUUGGUUUUACCUAUAUUAUUGAUGAUUCACUUCGUAUGUGAGUCAGCUUACGUAACUCGGCAUGUUGCAGUCAAGACUUAGAUAUUUUAUACGUCUAGAUAAAUUAUCUUGCUGUUAGACAGCCGAAUAAAACAGGCCAGGUUUAUAACUUCAGUGUGCGUGACGAGCUACGUCUUACACUCUUGAUUUGUAUGUAACUUUAUGCUUAUGUGCGUGCAUUGCUCAAAAUAGAGGUUUACUGUCGGCCUCAAUUGUUUUCGACCUUUUCACAGCUGUCACAGUCUAUCUUGAUCAAUAUAAAACCUUCUAGAACACUGCAAUGUCAUUGCAAUAACAGUUAUAAUGUCUCGUUAACCUUCUGUGAAUGUGUGUGUAAAUAUUGUUAAUUGAAUACGAUCGUGCACUGUUUUAAAAUGCAGUUUAUAUUUUGAAUAGGAUAUUUUAUUUUUAUUUAAUUGAUUGCCUUUUGACUUUAGUCACCAAGGGGCUUAGAUCACAGACCAGCGGUUUGUUCUGUCUAUGGUGAAAUUUCGCAAUGAUAAUAAUAAUAAUUUAACAAUUUGAAAUGAAACAUAAUUAAAAUAUAUAACUUUUUGAAUUGCGUGUAAUUACUGUAUAUUUCUUAUUCGUUUUUUGUAUUCUUUUUUCAUCUCUCUGUUUUAAUAAGUGCAAAAAAAAUAUCUCACAGUUUUUUUUUAUAAAAAUAAGUGACAGGACGGGCAGGACGUUCAGUUGAUAGUAAUUAAUACGCCCCGCCGUGCCGUGGCACUACAACUACGCUCGCGACCUUGAGACUUAAAAGUCUCAUUUGCCCAGUUAUUUGACUAACUUCGGCUAGUUGUACCAAUGUCGUGUUAAAAACUCAAUGCCCAUUGUUACGUAGUAAACAACGGCAUAAACUAAGUAUUUUUUUUCUUUUCAAAAUUUCUUUCAUAUAUAUAUGUAUUACAUAGCUUCACUAUAUAAAAGAGAGUAAUACUUAUCGGCCCCUAGCACAUCAACAUAUUAAUAUUAAUAGCAGCGAGUCACUGACAUUAGUAAUUUAUAUAAACUUAUAGUUUUUACGUAACGGUUUCAUGUAAUUUAAUCAUUUUAGAAAUAGGAAAUAUCUCGUUAAGUUGCGAAAUGGAAAACCCUUUUUUUAUUUCCUAUUUUAUACCAAACUGCGUAAAUUUCACUAACAACGUGGAUUAUAAAUGUCUCGUAACAGUACACGAUUUCAUAAUGUUAUAAGAAUGCAAAUGUAAUGAAAUGGUAUUUAAUGAAUGGUUUCUAAGGAUCUGUCUAGGAUAGUUUAAUGUAAGGGAUCGCUCAUUAAUUACGUGAGGCAUUUUUGAGAAUUUUUUGACCCUUCCUUGGUGAGAUUUUCCUCAACUCCCAAAAUAUCAUGCGAGAUUCUUCAAAAUUUAUGUUUUGGCUGUAAACGUGUUGGAUUUUUGAGAAAAAAAAAAACAAAAACAACUUGUUCUACUUCUUUUAUUGAAGAUUAGUAAAGUUUUGUAUUAAAUCGCAAUCAUAAAAUGAAAUAAUGAAUAUUUAACAAAAAUUAAGCACAGAUUUAUUCUAAUUCAGUCCAGUUUUCUGUUAGAAACAUAAUUACGUGAUAUUUGCCAAGACCCCUCCUACCCCCUAAGUGAGAUUCGGAAAGAUUUAGAUUGUUCCCUCCCCCCCUAGAAGACCUUACGUAAAUAAUGGACGUCCCCUAAAGCUGUGUAUAUUCGCAAAGUAGUACCUAUCUAAAUUAUCCUUGUUAAAAUGAAUGGAACAGGAUACAAGCAUAAUAUGAUGUAAAUAAUUUUGUAAGAGAAAAAAUACAUUACUAUCUUUAUUUA